GCGUGGCUCGUUCUUCCCUUCGCCGUCGACAUCUCAACUGCCCACCCAACGACAUAGCCGACGGGGCGGACCUUGCACAGACAACUCCCGCUCGCUUAGCGCAUACAGUGCUUAGAGUCGCUUCUGCACGCCUCCUCUACGUCGACUUACGAGUGGAUACACGGUCACUUUGUCUCGCACGAUUGCCUUCACUCUCUCGUCGGAACUCAGCAUCACCUUCACGCAACGAUGAACACCUUCGAAGAGAUCGAGGACCAAGAUGGAAUCAGGCUGUCAUGGAACGUCUGGCCAUCUUCGCGACUGGAAGCAACGAGGAUGGUCGUUCCCAUAGGUGCUCUUUACACUCCCUUGAAGGAGAGGGAGGGUAUCCAGCCCUUUGCCUAUGAGCCAGUCACUUGCAAGAUGCCUUGUCGGGCCAUCCUGAACCCUUACUGUCAAAUCGACGUCCGCGGCAAGCUCUGGAUCUGCCCCUUCUGUCUGCAACGCAACCAGUUCCCACCGCACUACAAGGACAUCUCCAACACCAACCUGCCCGCCGAGCUCCUCCGCCAAUACACUACCAUCGAAUACGUCCUCAACAAACCGCCUUCUCUUCCGCCAAUUUUCCUCUAUGUUGUGGAUACGUGCCUCGAUGAGACGGAUCUGAAGGCUUUGAAGGAUUCGUUGGUUGUUAGUUUGAGCUUGUUGCCGCCUAACUCAUUGGUUGGAUUGAUUACUUACGGGACGAUGGCCCAAGUGCACGAAUUGGGAUACAGCGACUGUCCGAAGUCCUACGUCUUCCGCGGUAGCAAAGAGUACAACGCGAAGCAGAUUCACGACAUGCUCGGCCUGGGUGCCGUUCCGGCCAUGCGCCCUGGUCAGGCUCCCGGCAGACCAGGUCAACCCGCCAUGGCGCCACAGCAGAACAUGGGCGCUAGCAGAUUCCUCUUGCCCGUUUCCCAAUGCGAGUUCACCCUCACAUCCAUCCUGGAACAACUCCAGCAAGAUCCUUGGCCCGUCGCCAACGACAAGCGUCCCUUAAGGUGCACCGGAACGGCUCUUUCCGUCGGUGUUGGGCUUUUGGAGGCUGCAUACCAAAACACAGGAGCGAGAAUCAUGCUGUUCGCAGGUGGCCCGCCAACCGAAGGACCCGGAUUGGUCGUCGGCCCAGAGCUGAGGGAACCCAUCAGGUCUCAUAACGACAUUGAGAAAGAUGUCGCAAAGCACGCCAAGAAGGCUUCAAAGUUCUACGAAGCCAUCUCCAAACGCGCAGCCGAUAAAGGCCACGUCAUCGACAUCUUCGCCGGCUGCCUGGACCAGAUCGGUCUAAUGGAGAUGAAGUCCCUCGUCACCUCCACCAACGGGCACAUGGUGCUCUCCGACUCGUUCAACACCGCCAUUUUCAAGCAGUCGUUCCUGAGGCUAUUUAGUAAGGACGCGGAUGGGUUCUUGCAGAUGGGGUUCAAUGCGACGUUGGAAGUGCAGACGACGAAGGAGUUGAGAGUGUGUGGAUUGAUUGGUCCGGCUAUCUCGGGCAACAAGAAGAGUCAGUGUGUAGGAGAAACGGAAAUUGGAAUCUCCGGCACGAGUGCAUGGAAAUUCUGCGGGAUCUCUCCCAGCACCACCGUAGGGCUGUAUUUUGAGGUCGCCAACCAGCAAGCGGCAGGCCUUACGCCCGGCUCCAACGGUCUCAUUCAAUUCGUCACUCUCUACCAACAUGCUAGCGGGCAGUUCCGCCUCCGCGUUUCCACCAUCGCUCGCGCAUGGGCAGACGCAAACUCCUCCCAAAUUCCCGCAUCGUUCGAUCAAGAAGCUGCAGCGGUGCUGAUGGCUCGGAUCGCCAUUUUCAAGGCGGAGAUUGAUGAUAGCCCCGAUGUGUUGAGGUGGUUGGAUCGGAUGCUUAUUCGAUUGUGCCAGAAAUUCGCCGACUACCGCAAAGACGACCCGACCUCCUUCCGCUUGACGGACAACUUCUCGAUCUACCCGCAGUUCAUGUUCCACUUGAGGAGGAGUCAGUUCUUGCAGGUCUUCAAUAACAGUCCAGAUGAGACUGCUUUCUACAGACACAUCCUCAACCGUGAAGACGUCAACAACUCUCUCAUCAUGAUCCAACCCACCCUCAUGUCCUACUCCUUCAACGGCCCACCGGAGCCCGUGCUCCUCGACUCUGUCUCCAUCAAACCGGACGUCAUUUUACUGUUGGAUACGUUCUUCCACAUCCUGAUCUGGCACGGCGAGACCAUUGCCGCGUGGAGGAAGGCAAAGUACCAUGAACAGCCGAGUUAUGAGAAUUUCAAAUUGUUGUUGGAGGCGCCGAAAGGGGCUGCUCAGGAACUCCUAACAGAACGCUUCCCAAUCCCGCGCUACAUCGACUGCGACGCCGGCGGCUCCCAAGAGCGGUUCCUCAAAUCCAAAGUCAACCCCUCGACCACGCACACAUCCCCCAGCGGUUACGGCUUCAACCCGGCGACGCAGGGCGCGGCGAUCGCGACCGAUGAUGUGAGCUUGCAGGUUUUCAUGGAUCAUUUGAAGAAAUUGGCUGUCAGUGGGUCGAGUUAGGGUGGGGAUGAAAGACGGGGGAGCGGGAAAUGGGGGUGACAUCCCCUUGUCCAAGCUGUGCUUGAAAGCUUUCUGUGCUGUACUUCUGGCUGUAUGGUAUAAAAAUCGAGUUCUUUUGCACUACAGAAUCGAAAUACUUGUGGGUGCCGUGCGCCCCUCUGUGUAUCAAGCUUGCGCCUUUGGGGUGGCCACUUUGGGUUCUUCCUCAGAGAUGGGUUCUUCCUGAGCCCCAGAAUAAACCAUCCGUCCGAGACUUCCAAGUUGGCAUCUUCGAAGAUCUUCGGACUGCGCCGUCAAAUUGGCAGAUGUCACC